AUGAACACUAUUUUGCGAUUUUUUGAAAUGAGUAAUCAACGAAUAAUUGAAAUUGAUGACGACGAAGAGCUUAUUAUAAUUGAGGAUGAUGAUACAAUGUAUGAAACUUGUCCCGAACUUAUUCUACACGUUCAGAAUGAUCGAAGUAGAAAAAUCACUAUUAUUUCGGAAGAUUCUGAAGAUGCUCCAAUGCCGGAAGAAGAACCAGUACCUCGUUCAAGUCGUCGAACUAGUAGAAGAUCCGAUGAUUUACGUAGACGUGCUAUGAUAAAUCAUGCAUCAAGAAGUAGGUCAGGUUCUUCAGGAAGACCACCGAGAAGUGAAUCGAGAAGCAGAUCCAGAUCCAGAUCCAGAACUAGAUCUCGUUCUAGAAGAUCUCGCCCACAAGAAAUUGAAGAUAAACCUGCUGAGUCCAAAGAAAACAGACACUUGGCAUUCCCAACUGCUCGUCAAAUUUCAAAACUUCAAGAUCGAAAGCGAGUUUCUCGCCCGGAAUCUAUUAACCUCCCAUCUCCACUUCAUAUUCUCACUGAACAACAAGUUACUGGUGUUGCCGAAGCGAAAACAAUCCAAUUCUUGACUCGAAUCAUUUUGACAACCAAGAAAUUAACAAUUGAAGAUCGAAAAAUGUUAUAUGAGGAGAUGAUUGAGGCGGCUGAAAAUAUUGGAACAAGUAGAUCAUCGAUUGAUUUGAAUAAUGAAGAUGAUAAAGGAUUGGAGGAUUACUGUAGUCGUAUAUUUUAUUCAAAUAAAGGAGUUUUGAUUGAAACAAUUCAAAUGGUUAGAAAAGUUGGAAGUGGAAAAAAAACGAUGACUUGUGAAGAAAAAUUGUAUUCCGAUAUUUGUAAAACGAGAAUUAUUGGAGAGAAAAACAAGUUGGUUUUGAGAAAAAAAUAUUUUCUGUUUGAAAAAAACGUUUUUUUUUAAAUAGAUUUCUCGAUGGAAUGUUGAACAUCAAAUGCAGUGAGAAAAUCAAGACAAGUCGUCAAAAUUACACAAGAUCUGAACAAUUUGUGAUUGGUUUGAAGAAUGAAAGAGCCGAUGGAAAAUUCGAAAUCAAUUCCGAAAAGAAGACGUUUGAUCCAACAAAAACUAUUAAUUUUGAGGAAAAAGUUAUGUUUGAUCGAGAAAAUGUUGGGUGAGUUUGAAGUCUGAUUGUGAGAAAAUCAGAAAACCCCCGUUUUUUCAGAAUUUUAAUUGAUCACAAGGCAAGUGCCGAAAUGGUUGAACAUUGGAAUCAUGAUCAGGGGUCUUUUGGUGAGCAGCAUUGUGAUUAUCGAGAGAUCAAAUUUGUGUUUGGCUCUUCGGAUGAGAAACAACAACAAUCUUCGAAAAAAGCGAAAAUUUCAACACCAUCAAUUCGCCAACAUUUGCCGAAACCAAAAGAAGUUACUCCGAAAAAGUCAGAAAAAGAGGCAGAGGAAAAUUUGAAGACUGCAAAAGCUUUGACACCAAAACACGAUCAAACCUCUUCAUUUUUUACUCAUUCUCCUCAAGCAACAUCAACACCAAAAUCCCCAUGUGAUUUGAGAGGAACUGCCGCCAAAUCAAAAUUGACACCAGUCGCUAGAACACCAACUGAUCCAGCAUCGACACCAUUGUUUUCACCAAAUGAAAUUGAUGUGGAUAAGAGUUUGAAAAAAACGGCGACAAGAAAUUUGGAUGCUUUAUUUGCGAAAUUGGAAAAACAAAAGAUUCCGGAGGAAUUGAAAACAGCGAAAGAUUCGACUCCGAAUAAGAAAGAUGCUUCAAAUACAAGUUUGGGAGAACAUUCUUCAACUGAAGUUUCGCCAAUUUCUGGUGAGUUUGAGAGAGUUAUAAUUUACUAUGUAAAAUUUUUCAGCACCAAAAGGUAAGCUGAGAAUCAAGGAGACCAAAAUAACUCGUGAAAUUUUGGAAAGAGAAGGACAACCUCCACAAGUUAGCGAGAAAAAAGAGGAAACUGUCAAGGAACAAGAUGGUAAUUUAUUUUGGGAGAUAUAUGUAGAACUUUUUCAAAUUGGAUUCAACUUAUUUCCAAAAGGGCUGAAUUAUUUUCACCUUCGGUUUUUUUCUGGAAAAUUAGGGACCACAAACAUGUUUUCCGUGAAGUUCCAAAAUCUGGAAAUUAAGGGACAAUUUUUCGAGUUCUAUUUGAUGUUUCUUAAAAUUAAUACUAUAUUUUUUUCAGUUUCGAUGAGUGGCUCAAAGCGCUCCAGAAAGAAGAGAUCAAAAUCGAAGGCUCCAAAAAUCAAUAUUCCCGAAUCUGCCACACCCGAAAAGUUGGUUUUUCUCAUUUCCCUUUACAAUCAAUUUUUCAAAUUAUAUUCUCUCAAUUUUCCAGAUCAGUUCGUGUUGACUUCCCAAUUUCAUCCACAUCUCCAGGUCCAAAACAGGAAUUCACAGAGCCAAUUGGUUUUGGUUUUCUUGUUGAUGGUGUCAAACACGAAUGCACUUUGAAUAUCAUUUUCAACGCGGUGAAAAAACCAAAUGUCGAUUUGAACUCGUUGAAAUUCAAGGGGAAAAUGAUUUGGGAGAAGAGUCAGGAAUGGAAACCGAUUGGUGAGAAUUUGGAAACCAGCACGGUGAGUCAUUUUUUGAUCACAUCAGUUUCCGAAUUUAAUUUUUAUCCAGACAAAAACGUUGGCUGUUCAACAAAGUGACAUCAUGAAAGAUGAAACGACCAAAAAAUGA